AUGUCGUACCCAGCACAUUCGGACCCGACAUCACCUAGGCCUGCUCCUCAGCAGCAGCAAGAAACUCUAACGCUUUGUGAUGUCGAACCGCAGCCGAUAAGGACCGAGUCAAAUCGAGAGAUGUGCGUCCGAGACCAAGCGUUGCAGCCCGCGAAUGAGGACAGCGUAUUGUGGACCAACGAUCCUGUUCAAUCGCUCUGGCCAUUCUGCCCUGCCCCCAAGAUACCAUUGAUCUGGAGGCUGUGGUGGUACACGCCUUCCACAGCUGGCGAUCUGCAGCCAGACCGUCUUCCAAAUGUUAGGAGUCUUAGAUUGUACGGGUGGCAUGAGUUUGAAGGCCCAAUACCCUACGAGUCCCGGCCGUCCUUUUUCUAUCGACAAUUCAAUUUCGUGGGGCGCCUUGACAGGAGUGAUAAAACGUUGAACUGGAUCUGGGACCAAUUCCAACGGUUGUACCCGCCCUGGAGAAGCAUCGCGGUUGAUGCGCAGCCUUUGUUUCUGGAGACCAAGGGGGAUGUGGUAGUAGGACGCUGGACCGCAAAUGAGAAGCAACUGUUGAUCGAGCUACGGUGGAUCCGUGGUGAAGUGUGGAAGUCCAUCUCGGAGAAACUUGGUCAUGACAUGGGUGCCUGUAGACUUCAGUACUACAAGAUGGUGCCUCGGUCAAAGGAAGCCGAAGAGCUUGUUAGUUGGAGUGAAGACGACCGGACAGCAUUCGAACGCAGCACUCCGAUGGAAGAGGACUUCGAGCUCGGUAGUUGGAGCGAAGAUGACCGGAGUCACCGGACAGCAUUCGGACGCAGCACCUCAGUAAAAGAUGACUUUGAGGACACCGAUAGGGCCAUCCUCGAGGACCUCGGUGAAGAGCCUUGGAGAGAAGGGUAUAUGUUUGAAGAAGCGAAGUCGUCGGGAGCAGACCAUUAUGGGUUCGGUAAGUCUAGGAGUAACAGACAGGAAGACCGACCAUCGUAUCCGCCGUAUCUGUCUGAUUCUCCUAUCGAAGACAUGUUUGGCCAGCGUAUGGAGACUACGGCCAGUCACUCCGAGGAUGACAACCGAAAUGGUGGCGAAUUGUCGGGUGCUGUAACGUACAGGAACCCGACAAAGAGUAGACUAAGGCUGCUGAACUCUGGUCCACGGCCCAACGCUCCGCGCGGCCCAGCGUCUUGA